AUGCUGCCGGCGUACACAAGCGUGCGCGCCUGCAAGAGAGGCCAAACCGAGUUUCUGAAGGAAACCUUCAGCAACUGCGUGGAGACCGGCCUGUUUGCGCUCUUCUGCUGCCUUGCACACGACCCAGCCCAGAAUGAGUACGACGCAGACACCAUGCUCAGUAAGACAGAUGAGAAUGAGAAAACAGAGGAUCUGCGCAAUUUCUUCCGAUUGGAAAGUGUCACCCCAAAACAGUGCGCCACCAAAGAGGCAAUGCAGGAGUGGAACCGCGUCGUGUCUGACCUGCAGAGCGAGCACAUCGCGUAUGUAAGGGACAGCCGAAACGAGGUGCGCUCCGGAAUUUUCAACAUGCUCUACAUUGUCGCAGAAAUAGCAGGCAGACCGGAAGAGGAGAAGCUGAGAAUACGCAAGCUUGCGCAGAUGCUAGAAGACUUCGAGAUUGAUGAAGACUUUGAGGACGUGAUUGAAAAAACACAGGAGUACGUGGAAGAGCUUUUCGCGUUGCUCUCCGUGAAUGGGCGCUUACAAGUCAAAUUCUCUGACUUGAUGGUCGACGCCCGAAGCGAUGGGCAGAAAGACCUCUAUGGAAAAAUCACUCUAAAGUACACAGACAAAGACAGCGUGGUCGAGCAGGGCAUAUGCCUUGCCUUUAAGCCUGGGCACCUUACAGUCACCCUGUGUCCGUGGGUCUUCCUUUCUCUUACGGACGAAAAAAAAGAGGCCUUCUUUGCGACGGACAGCUGUUCAGAGCCCAAGACCUUUGCCGAGUGUCUGUUUGCCAAGUACGCGGGCGUGUGGAUGGCCAGGGGCAUGGAUCCUCAAGGAGACAAGCUUGCCGAAGACAUACGGGAGGCCACAAUCUCGCUGCUCUCCCCCGGGGCCUCUGCGCACCCAAACCAGCUUUUCUUGCUCGGGAGCGCCUUGAGAUACGAAAAGAUACAAGACAUUGCCGAGCACUUCACCCUGCAUGCAGCAGCAAACGGUAUCGAGCUUGCCCAGGAGCACACGGCCGUGCGCCUCCUCUCGAACCUGCUCGGCAGCCUUCCGCUGGACGACUAUGCAGCGCAAUACGAUGCGCUGGGGAAUAUAGUAUGCCUGGAUAUGCUGGGCAGGCUAUUUCCAAAAAUCGCCCUGUCAAAGGAAACAUUUGCUAUAUUCUAUAGAAACCCAUACAGCAUCCUCGACAUAUGGAAGUACACCGGAACAAACAGCGCGCCCGCAGGGAACGCCAUCAUAAAGUACUUUAGAGAGUACAAAAAGCAGGUGCGCGAGCCUCUUUUCAGGUUCUACGCUUUGGAAAACUUUCCUAUCAUCUCUAGAAUGUUUCCCGUUUUUCUUGCAGACAAGUCAACGCGCCACAUAGACGAAAUUCGCGCGCUUAUUAUGGAUGUGGAUGGGAAAGCCCGGGAGAAGGCGCUGGAUGCCAAGGCGCUCUUCGACCUCCUCUUGUUCCUCGCCAGCUUGAAAAACAAAGGCAUUCCGCCCGAUCUAAUGUUUGCUCUGGGCAGCAGGGUUGUGCCAAGGUCGAUCCAGGCAUGCAAUAGAGCCAAUUGCAUGAUUCUUGUCAACAGCCAAACAGCUUCUGCGAUUCUGGAGGCUCUGAACACCCACCAGAGCACCCUGCAGCAGAUGCCCAGCGGAGAGGAGGUGUUCAAAAUCGUGCAGGGCAUACUCCAGCCCAUCAUAAAUAGGUGGGCCUAG